CUCGACCUCUAACAGAAAUGGACCACGAGGCUGUUUUAUCGAAGUUAUUUCUUCACAGGACAUUCUCAGGCACAUUUUCAUGACGAUACUUUACAUUCACGCACUAUCAAGCUGUGUAGAUGGUGUUUUUUUUUUUAAGAGUGCUUUUUCAAUAACUGUAUUUACACUGACGGUUGGUCUCGGAGUAUCGGACGGCUAUAUGAUGAUCGAGUAUGGACACGGACAGCUGAAAACUCAGAUGCAGAAUGCAUUUCGUUUCUCAUUUACAUGAGCAGGAACCUUUUCGCAAUCACGUGGACAUAGAUUUAAGUUUUGGCUUGUAAAGAUUCAUUGCCCUUCACAGAAAUGGCUUUACCUGACAACGCCAGUGGCGUUCCUGUAAACGAACUGCCUUUUCCGGAAAUUAUCGAACUAAAUGUUGGAGGCCAGGUGUAUAUUACCCGCUACUCAACUUUAACAAGUGUGCCAGGCUCCCUCUUGUGGGAGAUGUUCAGUCAGAAGACCACCAAGGGCUUGGCUCGCGACACCAAGGGUCGUUUUUUCGUCGACAGAGAUGGCUUCCUUUUCCGUUACAUUCUAGACUACAUGCGAGACCAGCAACUUGUUCUUCCCGACCAUUUCCCAGAGCGAGGACGCUUGCAGCGAGAAGCUGAGUUCUUCAAUCUCCCUGAACUUGUCAAACUGUUGGCGCCAAAGAUCAGUAAGCAGAACUCUCUGGGCGACGAGGGCUGCCAAAGCGACCCUGAAGAGUCGUCGCCAAGCACCGACAUCGCCCGCAAUCUGGCCUCUCUGGGGGCGGCCGCGGUUGCCUGUUCCAGUCUGGCGUUGGGUGGCGGCGACGGCAAACGCUCUGGGUUCAUCACGAUUGGCUACCGGGGCUCCUACACUCUAGGCCGUGACAGUCAAACAGAUGCCAAGUUCCGGCGAGUGGCUCGGAUUAUGGUGUGUGGGAAGACCUCUCUUGCCAAGGAGGUUUUCGGGGAAACGUUGAACGAGAGUCGUGACCCUGAUCGCCCACCAGAGCGCUACACGUCCCGCUAUUACCUCAAGUUUACUUUCUUGGAGCAGGCUUUUGACAGGUUAGCCGAUGCCGGCUUCCACAUGGUGGCUUGCAACUCAACAGGGACUUGUGCCUUCGCCCACGAACAGACUGACGACAAAAUCUGGACCAGCUACACCGAAUAUGUAUUUUACCGUGGCAAAGCAUCCAUGUCGCCCUGCAUCAGUGAGCCAGGAAGUGUCUUUGCAGAGAAGGAAGCCGUAUAUAAUCUGCGUACACCCUCCAUCUGUAGCCAGGACGACGCUAAUAUCCCCCUGGAUCUGGACAAUGAAUCUCUCCCAGACUCACUUCCACCACCUCCACCUCUGGACAGCCCCGAACUACCUCUACCUCCAGAGCCAAGCCCCCCUCCUCUGCCUGACUUCAGUCCUGUGCGGCCCACCACCUUGUCUCUGAAAACACUACCCCGGCCCACCAACACCGCUGUCUCUAUCACCACCUCCAUCACCAGAGAGAACGGCGGUCCGCUGAGCAAAGACUCAGAGGAAGAGGAGAAGAAAAUGAUGGAGGAAGAGCUGAAAAAGUGCAUCGAUGACUUCAGGAAGAUCCGGAUCCCUAAACUCUUCCCCGACCGCAAGAGACACUGGCAGAGUGAUCUGCUCAAGAAAUACAACGCGUGAUAUUUUUCAUAUCAGGCCAUUGGUGAACAAACAUAUGACUUUUGGAACAAGAACAAACACUAUGUCUUUCAAAGUAUCAAUAUAUCCUAUUAUCCGAGACCAGACUGGAUCUGUUCCAAAGCCUAGUGAACUUCCUUCCUAGACAGCAUUUUUAAGGCAUCAUAGGUGGCGCUCCCAAUGCAAUGUUAGGCGUCAAAAUAAUGAUUUACAAUAAGAUUCUAAGGCAGCGUCGCUUAUAUCGCUUGUAUCCUUCACAGAUAAGGCAAACCUUAAAUGCACUGUGAUGAGCCCGGUGGAAAAAAAAUCAUCCAAGUUGGUGGAUGAAGCAAGACUGUGGCAGGGCCUGCCACAAAGACCUUGUUUAUAAUUAUACUUACAAGUCAUUCCAAAAGUAGGGAUAAAAAGGUUUAAAUGGGUUUUCCCCAAUAUGUGUUUGUGCUAUGCAUUUUUAAAGCUUCAGUACAUUGCAAUCAAUAGAGCGCAAGUGCCCACCCACUUUAUAAGCCGUCUUGGUUUCGAAAGAUUACAAAAAAUAUAGUUUUAUUAUAGGGAUUUAAUAAAAAAUCUUUAUAAAAGAGUCGUAAGCCAUGAACCAAACCAACCGACUCUGAAGUGAAUCAAAACAAUCACAUACUUUGCAUUAAAAUCCCACGAAGCAUUGCAGUUGACGUCAUUGAAUAACAAAAACAAUGGAAACUAUUAUAAAAAUAAUAAAACUAUUGAUUUAAAGUAGCUGAUUUUAAGUAUAGAAACUAAAUAUUAAAAAUUUUGUUGCAAAAUAUUCAGAUAAAUGCAUAUCUAAGUAGUUUGAGAGUGCAGAUGACUUGAUUUUGUCCUUCACUGCGUCAUGGGAGUGGGCAGAGCACUUUUGGCGCACUUUGUUGGUCGCAGUUCUCUGAUUGGUGGAUAUUUCCUU